GAAUUGUGGACAGUGAAGAAGGACAAACACACAGAUCCGGUGUGGUUACAGUAAGGGCUUGGCUAUUCCUCUUCUAGUGCAGUAAAGUUCCUGUUGAAAGUUCCUUUCUGUUUUGGAUAUUGUGUUGUUGGUGAGAUAUGAUCUCAUGUUCCUGCCACUAGAAGAGACUUGUAUGUGUAGAGACAGCAUGCAUUAGCUGCCUCGAGUCUGGCUACUCCAUCUGCAAGAUGAUUGAAAACUACGCCAGGUAGAACCAAGGAUGACAAACGCUAAAGCGGCCCUCGUACGGUUGGAAACUCCCACGCAGUUUGUUGCGUGCUGAUGAAACUCAGUGAAGACCUUGCAGGCCAUGCUUGACAAAGGUACCUUUCCUCUCAGUUGUUGCAGGCAGGUAGUGCUGCUACCUGUGCUCUCUUCGGAGCCCACAGUUAGUAGUGCCCCCUGUCAGUUGUUGUUUCAUUCCAUGCUCCACAUAAGCGAUACGAAGUAGAGGCUGUAAAUGAUGGAGAUCCGCAUGUGUGCGAAAAAACAGAUCUGCAUGAGAAAAAUGAUUAGCGUAUUUGGUGCACAAUCUGGAACUAUAUCCCCGACACUCGCCUCACAACAUACAGUGCCCAGUUUCCAAAAAUGCCUUUCGCAUGCAGCUGUAGUUAAAAAGCUAUCACCUCCUCGUGUCGUUAGACUCCACCUGCGCUGUAAGUAUCGCCCUGGAAAAAUGCCCCCAGCCCCGAUCCGCACAUGCGCGAAGUGCGCAGAGAAGGAAGCUGAUAAUCAAGCUCUCCUUCGUGAGCGCUCUGAAAAGAAUGAAGAAAUCGCGGGAUGGGAAAAGCGCUGGAAAAAUGACUCUGUAUCCAUGGAGAACCAGCAGGAGCUCGCCUCUGUUCGCUUACGCCUGCGUGAUGCGAUCAAAGGCAAAAACAAAGCCAUUAUUGAGAAGAAUGCCUUGAAAGAGGAGAAAAAAGAACUAGAAGAAAAGUAUGAGGAAUUGGAGAAAGAGUGCCAAUUAGCUAAUGCGCAUGCGUUCCUUGGCGCGGAAUGUGUGAAAAAAGCGCUGUGGCUGCGCGGUCAAUGUAAGAGACACGAAUUUAAGGACCUCUUAAUUUGUGAUCUCCCGCAUAAGAAGACCCCAUUCACAAACGAGCACCUAAUCGCACAGAUGCUCCCGAGUGAUGAAGUUGCUGGCCCCCUGCCAGAUCGUGAAUCCUUAGAGAAGAUGACUGAUGCGGUGCUCGACCAGAUGUCCGAUUUUCUCGGUCGCUGGUCGACCGAUGAGCACUCGUUAAAAAAGAAGGAAGCCUCUAGCUCUAGUAAGAAGAAAUAAGAAAACGUUAAGAAGAUUCCUGAUUACAUUCGAGAAACAUCUAUGUCGUCACUAGAGCGAAUUGAACUAGCUGCCUUGCACUAGAGCGAGUUGUACUACGUAUCUAUUUUCUCUUCUAUUCAUCAUCACUUAUCGAGGGACACGGAGGAGUAUCUACGUACCAGUUUUUAAGAUGUACACAACUUCACAUUUACAAAUGCAUUUGAUAAAAAUAUAGAGCCAAGCUAUCGUCAUCAUUCAGAAAACUAGCACCGCCACCCGUCACCUCCACAAGAUGCUGACAGUGCUAGUCACAGCAGUGGCGACAUUGUUCGUCACUCCUGCAAGCUACAUCAUGCCGGUGGUAGCCGCAACGUGGUCGUCGUGCACUACUCGUGGCGGUCACUUCAGAAUGCUCAUGUUCUUUUACGGGACAUCUGAAGUAUUUACUUGAUAUGUGAUGCCCUCUUAGCACCUUCCAUGAAUGCACAAGUCUGUCAUGACAAAUUGCAUAUGUGAACUAAUCCAACAAUCAAAUAUUCCCAGGUCCGGAUCUUGCUCGCCAUGGCCGCAUUUUCUUGGAUGUUGGGAAACGAGGGCAGGAUUCUCACCUACGAAGGAUGCAUUGUCGGAUGCCUCCAAUAUCUACUGUGGCAGAUGGCAGAAAUUGCGCGUAGUUACUACUUUAUAUUUGAUAUGAUGACGAUGACCAUUUACAAAUGCAUGGCAUGGAGCAUGACAAAUUGAUGCGAUGGUACGAAAAUGCUAAUCGAAAUGUAUCCAAACUUGACAAAACAGGUUGCUGCCGAGGAAUAAUGAGCAACACCCGCAGGAUCCGUUUCAUGCUCCAACAAAAUAAUCACGGUGAAGCUGUGGUAGUGCAAAAUGACUUGCAAGUCAUUAACAACGAUGACUAGAGUGAGUGGUGUAUCUCCACCUGCUCUCGAAGACCUUUUUUUUGUCCUCAAGAUGAAUGAAUCAUUCCUCAGCUGAAAAGUGCUUCUUUUCAUCAGCAGGAAUCAAACAAUCGAGCACUCCCAGCCCUGCACUUGUGCAGUAUUACCUGUAAACAGCAUAGCAGCCAAAGCCAUGCUGUUAGCCAUCAUUGUGUUUGUUCGUUCCUAUGACGCAAAUUAGCAUUGCAAGCCAGUACAGGAUGAAAAACAACAUCACGAAAAUGUGACAGAGACUGGCAUCACAGACUAGCACCAGAGAGCCGUACCAUCUACAUCACAAAGUAGAAUAUAAAUACCUAUCUGCAGCAUUACAGGUCUACCCGCAACUGCCGAGUGAUUACAGAGUGAAGCAGAGAAAAACCACAAGAGAGAUAGAGUGUAGAAAUCGAGAAUCAGCUGCACGAGGGGAGAUGGAAGAAAUAGAGAGAUACAAACAGAUGCGUCUUCCAUUUCUUCUUUCCAAAAAACACUGUAGGGCUGAAACUUUUUCGUGAUCAUAGACAGAAACCUUGAAAAUGAAGUUUUGGUCCUCCGAAUAGCUGGAUUUCUCCCCAGUGAAGAUGACAGGACGUAAAAGCAGUACCGCUGAGAAGCGGAAAUCUGCCGUAAAGGUAUGCCCUUUCUCUAAUGAUUACUUUGGUUUAUUGUUUUGAUUUUUGCUUCCGACAGUAUACAGAAGUUGAUGUCUUAUCACCAUGACAAAACCAAAUUAGCAUAACAAAUUCCAUAUUUGAUCAUGAGUCCUUGAAUUAUUAUCAGGACGAAGCCCAGCAUAAGCCGAGCCCCACGCCGAAAGCCAAAGCCGCUGUUGCGAAAGCUAGAUCGAGGUCAGCAUCGAGAGAGAAGGAUGAAGGACGUGACACAGACCACGCUAUCGACAAGAACGUGACGCAGCCCGCGACAUCGCCAGAGGACAAGCCCCUGACACAGUCCACGACAGCAUCGCAGGUGAAGACCGUGUCGCAGUCCUCGUCCACGACAGAGGUGAAGAGCGUGUCGCAGUCCUCUACGACACAGGAGAUGAAGGGCAUGUCGCAGUCCGUGACGCACGACGAGCAACCCGCAGCAAGCAGUGUAGCGACACCCGCCCGAGCAGCUGGGAGUAGCACAGCUGCAACCAUCCCGGCGUCAGCAGCAAAGCCGUCACGUACAGCAGGCGAUGAACUGCAACAGGCGGCAAAAGCACCACCUCCCGCCCCCUUGCCAGCAAACGGCUCACUUGCACCGCUACAAGUGAUGCUUACGCAAGACUCGACCCUCGGCUUCUCCCUGAAGCCGGUGCCGACCACCGUGGCGGCGCCACAGCCACAAACGGUGCCAUCGAUCGAUGACAGGCUAGUCAUCGACACUGCAGAAUUUGGCGAGAUGAACACGCUGGUGCAGCAGUUUGAAGAGGAGGGAGCGCUCGCUCCGCUCCCCCCGGGCGUCUGCGAUGACGAUGAAGCAGAACCUAGCGUCGUCAACCCCACCACCCCCAAGGUAAGUGAUAUGGUGUUGAGCAGCACCAAUAGUAAAGGGGUAAAACUCUUUGACCUGGGACAGGUCAAAAAGGCAAGUUUAGCCUCGGGUGAGCCAGUGGAGAAGAAGCAAAGGAGAGCUUCCUUUGCAGGAAGCGACCAAGAUGUGCAGUCACAGCAGCAGACGAAGGAACCCUCCCCCCUGGACCCGAAGCCGUCAACUAGUUGCAUCGCCUCACACGUCAAGUCGGUAGACGUUGCAGGGCUACGCAGCAUCGGUGCUUCUGACGGGGAGAUCCAGAUGUUCCUCUGUGACACCCACGCUCAAACGCUGCUCGCCGAGUUCCAGGAAAUUGCUGAUAAGACAGGAUCAGUGCUGUCUGACCAGGCAUACCUGGACCUGUUGCCUCCGCCCGGAUACAUCAGUUCCGGUAGGCAGGUAAAAGUAGCUUUCGAGUCGGGCCCCACGCGGAUAGGAGGUGCAGGUGUGUACGCAAGAUUGAGCGACCCCCGCGGGUCACUAGCACCGCUGUGGGCCGCAGAGCUGGACAACUGUGACUUCUCCUUCAGGCAGACAGCAGCAUAUUUGUGGAGAAUCGCUAACGCAAUUGCACACGACCUGGACCAGAAAAUAGUGCUUGAAAGAAGUACGCAAUUCUUGCGCCUCAUGGUGUACGACUUGAACAUCGCGCCGUGUCCGCAAAAGCCCGUGUCCGCAAAGAAAUUGUGGCGAGAGGAGAUCCUCUGCCAAUUUGCUGCGAAGGAUCCGGUGACGUUCGCGAUCUACGUCUUGACCGGCCGGCUAUUCGACGUGAACACCUUCACAGCGAAGUACGGGAAAGAGAAAGCGAAGAGCCAGAAGAUAAAGCUGGAGACGCAGCGAGACUUCCGGCUAGGAGUCACAGUCACAAAAGUGGCGACCACGGGCUGCCAAGACACCGAGAAACUCUCGAUCUCCGAUGUCGACCGCCUGUGGAGAAAAGACCUCGACGUCAACGGUCAGCUCCUGCCGAUUGGAGAUGUGGUGAAACAGUACGUCCUUUCAGGAGCUUUUCUCCGCCGCGCGUGGCCAGUGCUCGUAGCCAGCGACUGGUACAACGUUGCUGCGCUAGCCGAGCUCCUGGGCGAGAAACUACACACCAUCCUGUAUGCGCACCAACUGUCGUUCGAGACGCUAAAAUUGUACAACAUCCUUCCUGUUUCCGUGGUAUCGGAAAUAUUCGAGCUAUCGAGUAUUACGUGGGUCAAGUUGCUGUACCCGCACAUGUCCGACCUCGGAAUGGUGCCCUUUAAUGUGGUGAUGGACAAGUUCCCGGUCGUGCAUCCGACCGCGACCAACGUAGCGAUGCACAUGAUCAUGUACACCUCGCAGUUUUGGAAGAAAGAUGGUGUGCGCAUCACGACAGCCAACGCGGUAGAGAAGAGAUUCCCGCACGUCGGUGGCAGCACAGAUCCAGCCCGUGUCUGGAAUGAUCAUAUUGAGGAUAUGUUGGUGAUGUGCAUGAGCAAUCACUUCAUGGAGGGUCUCAGCCCGCUCUUGCACUACCAAGACAUUCUCCCGCGCGGCCGGCACAUGUACCACAAAAAUCUGACGUACCAGAAUUCCGCUGCAGUGAGCACAUAUCUGGACCCUGUCACCCUCCUGCCCACGACCGCACUCGACGACCGCACCACGCGGCCGAACAAUAAAGUGUUCAAGAGCAUCUGCCAGGAGAAUGCGUACUUUGAGUCCAACCCGCGCUCGCGCACCGAGCACAUGUACAUGGGCCGGUUCGCCCGGUCGCAGGCCCUGUGUCUCACCAUCACCAAGCACAUCAUCGAUGACAUCGGAAACUGCCACAGCAAUGACACCUUCGCGCCGACCACAGCGUCCAGGAUGUCAGUGCAGCAGCCUCUUUUGCCUGAGGUGCGAACAAGAUCUGCUGUACAAGCCCCGAUGCUUGACGAACAGAUAGCGGAUGACACGCCGGACGACGCAGCAGAAGCGACGAGAAUUCAAGAGCAGUUAGCCGCUGGUGCAAUCGAUGCUGAUAUGCACCUCGAAGAAUCGGAAGAGGAGUUUCUCUUUCAUGACUCCAUCCAGGAGCAAGAGAUGUUGCUGUCAGAUGCGAUGCAAAACAGUCGCAAAGGGGUGAAACGGAGCAGGCCCGCGAGCUCCGCCCCUGCAGCCGCACCUGCGGCAUUCGCGUCGUCCUCGGCAUCGUCUUCCUCGUCCGCCCAGCCGAAAAUGGACCCCUUGGAAUUGUUCAAGUCGAAGUGCAAUUCGGCAUUUGGGAAAGGGAAAGGAAUGAAAGGUAAAUCCGCAGGCAAGAGCAAAGGGAACUUCCAUCACACUCCGACCGGUACAGGCCUGUUCCAGAAUGAGAUCACCCCCGCUACAGCAGGAGUAGAUGACGAUGAGGAGUACGAGCCAGAAGCGGAGCCUCCCGCGCCAACAUGGGACUGGCAGAAUGCCACGGAAGAGGAUCUCUUCCCGGCGGCACAGCGCAAAGGCAAAGGCGGGAAGGCACCGAUGGGAUCCAUGUCGGGCAAGAAAGGAGCACGGUCGCACCCGUACUCCUCCCCGUCGGCGCCAGCAGCACCGAAACUGCACCCCAGUGUCUGGCACUAUGGAAUUCCAUCCCAGGGUGCGUGCAACAUGCACCCGUCAGCAGCCAUGUACCAGCCAUACGCGUUUCAAGAUCCCUUUGCUCCCCACCACGCCGACAACUUUCACCUGCUGCCACCACCAGUAGAACCAUCCACCGCGAAUGCGUAUGGUCGGUGCACUCGUCGCGCAGGACGAGUUGCGAUCGACGAGUGGGGGUAUCCACUUAUUGAAGAUGCAGAAUCCCCAGCAAACUGGGAUUAUACAUCUUCUAUGCAUUACAAAUUUCCUCCCACUGCUCUUUUCUCCCGAAUUAUAGUGUUUAGCAUAGGAUAUUCUGGCUAGGGUGUAUUCUUGUUGUCUAGUAUUACAACAAGCCUGGUGAUGACCAUCUUAUGAUGUAGCCAAGUGCAGACUAGCGCUCGGUGUAGGGCACGCCUAAAUUGUGCCGGCGCGCCUAAAUAGUGCCAGUCGGUAGCAUGGUGACAGACAGCAGAAUUCCCAGGAACUUGAUCUGACGCAGGCUAUUUUGUAUUUUCCAUUUGUGAAGAAAUACAAAUAUUUGCCCGAAUCAAGUAUUUAGCAUACCGUAUUCUGGCUAGGGUGGUCUCCACUUCCUCACGUCACCAGAACAGCUGCGUGAUGAGAGCAACCGAAAGGAUUUGAUCCGUCCUGUGACAGACUAGCGCUCGGUGUAAGGCACGCCUAAAUAGUGCCGGCACGCCUAAUUAGUGCCAGUUGGUAGCAUGGUAACUGAUAGAUGGGAACCAAACUCUGACCAAAGCUGGUUUUUGGUCCCCCCUCGUCCGUUGCACAAGCUGCGCUGUAGCGCGCGCACAAGAGAAUCGCUGCGAGCUCAGAGCCUAAAUUUCAUGUCGCCAUCAGCCUGCAGGCUCGUCUGCAGUGUGGUGUAGCACUAGUUCUCAUCAUCUCAGCAAUUUGUCGUGCCCACUUCGGGCAUCACCUCUAUAGGUAGCCAGAAUAUGUCAUGCUAAACACAGAAUUAGCAAAAGAAAAGAGCCUCUCCUCCGCCUGCAUACCAGUUGAAGAUCAGGAAGCCUUCAUCGCCGCCGCCUCGUUCGAGAUGUACUGGAGAUGCACCGGCACCGCGACAGACGCGCAGACAGUAGUCUUGAACUGUCUCCUGUUCCGCAUUCUGAUGCGGAUUGUGAUGACGAAAAUAGGACUAGAGGCCUACGAGAUGUACUACUCCGACGAAGAACUAGCAGCAUCCACGAAGUCCAUGUUCUGCACCAACAAAGCCACGCUAGCAUAUGUAGCCUCUCAGCGAGUCCUAGCCGUCAAGAAGACCAUGGCGCAGGCCGCGGUGGUGUUAUCGCUGAACGGAUUUAAUCCGAAGAGUUAUUCAUCCGAAGCCGAGGUAACAGGUGCUGUUAAGGUAAUGGCAAAGCCACCCUUUUCCGACACGUCCUUGGUGACCGCCAUGCUCACCCUGGGAAAGACGAUGUUGACAGCAGUCGCGUGGCAAUAUGCAUUGCAAAAGUGUACUGCCUCAGGAUUCUUGUCUGCAUGCUUGUGAUGCUAAUUUGAAUUGUGAUUGCACAUUUAUAAUGCUGGGUCAGUACAUCUUCACCCAGCAUAACGUAGGAGCAGAAACCAAAGUGAACUGCACCUUCCUAGGUCUUAAAACUGAGACCUGGGCAAAAGUGCAAAAAAGCUGCGAAAAGGUUUUCGACACCCUUGCCCUCAAUGAGGGCAAAGAACAUGAACUGGAACUGAAAGAAGCCACCACUAUUUCCGAUAACCUCUCGUCUACGAAGUUGAUUUCCGCCCUCGUCGCGGCCUCCGACGUUUUCCCACAGGACAGCCUCCUUGAUCGCCUUGUGGAGCUCGAAGACAGGUUGAAGAACACGUUCGGAAUAGUUACUGCAGUAGAGAAAAUGCAGAAGCGGGAAUUGAUAAAGCACAUGUCCAUCUACCUCUCUGGGCUCAAAAAAGCCCUGGUGACGCCUUCGAUCGACGACAUCGUGGUGUGGCUGAACAGCAGGAGAUCGUUGAUUCCGUUCGCACAGAAGGCCACGAUCACCACGAAAGGCAAGAACAAAGGGAAAGGUAAGCAAAAGAAAUCGUGGACCGUCACCAAGGACAAUGAAAAAGGGAAGACCAAAGGUAAGGGUAAAAACAAAAAAGGAAAAGGAAAAGGUAAAGGAGGUGCAAAUUCCUCUGACUUUGCCUCUAUGGUGGAUGAUUAUUCUACGAGAAAUGGUUGUACUCGAGUCAGCUUGCGAUUACCUACGCAUGACAAAUGCUUGUCCUCAGGGAAAGCAGUAUGAUACUUUCCCUCUCUCCUCGUCAAAAUUGCAAUGCAACUGGUACUAGCACAGCAUUUCUGCACUUGCAUAUCAGCGGCGCCGCGACCAUAGCAAAAGUGUUCAAGAUGGACAAACAACGGGUGCUCCGCGAAUGCGGAUGCGUCAUGUAUGUCCUCGACAAAAGACGCAUCACGGUACCUAUUUACUACAGCUUAUUUUGUUUUGUAAUAUUUAACUGUUGCCCGAACUGAUGUAUUUAGCACACGUCAUUCUGGCUACCUAGACCUGAGCUCUUCGUAAGAUAUUGCGAAGUUGUGUGGGCGACUGGCCAACGCCGCUAACACAACGGUGGCCAAGUCGUGGUUCAGGAGCCGGAUAUGGCCACGACUAACCACCCGCCUUUUCUCCCCAUCAUUGUACUAAAACAAACUCCCAGGUUGGUGGAAAGCAGUGGUACUGCAAGCACAAGUCCGGCCACGAAACCGAACACGCAACUGCUGACGCAUGGUGCGAGGAGGUGGAAAAGGUUAAGAAAAUGCGUAGCUGGGACGAAGAAGAGGAGGAUGAGUAAUUGACUCAUCCUCCUGUGAUCAAGUUUUUUCUUGAAUCAAAAUGAAUGAAGAGCCAAGGAUGCUCCGAACGUGUGGCUAUGACUACACAGAAAAUGUACAGCGUAGUUUUGCUGGAAUUGAGACUUCGUAUUUUCUCAGUAAAUGAACGGAAGAAUUGAUGUGUUUUUGUUAAAAUCAAAACCAAUUUGAGAACAAGAACACGCUUGCUAGCGUACUCCCGCCAAACCACGCUGCAAUCAGCCCUUGUCUCAUGGUGUGCAGCAUGUGAGCGUGCAAGUAGUCUGCAUCACUCGGUCUAGAGCGAAAAACAGCAACAUAGCAAUCUGUUGAGAGCAUGUGAAGCUAGAACAUAGUGCUACCUCACGGAGUAGACACAUGCUGAGCGAACAGAGCGUGAGUGACAGAGUAAAAAAUGUACAGAGCACGCCUUUAAAAAAACUAGUCCUCAAACGCUGUAGGGUCAGAGAGGUUGUUCUUUGUGAGCACAGCAGCACAUCACAAAAAUGAAGUAAAGAAGAAGUUGCGUCUAGCACGCCGCCGGAAAAGAGUACCCGCUUUUACUAAAGUCAAGUGUCUUUCUUUGCAUCGAAACUUGUGUCAUGAUUGCAUUCUUCUGUUGCCGUCGAUGCUUGAACGCAAUUCCCAUCUGAAAUUUGAGAAUUGCAACACAACCACAGGUACACGCCCGCUUGUCUUGACCAUGGCCGCACACCUUGCACGCCACCGAAGGCACGCCCAGCAUGACUACUCGCAAGACCUUGUGCAAGUAGUCCGCAAUGUACGAAAAGCCUCGUGCAGAGAAGAAAAGAAAAGGGUAAGCCCCUUUUUCUUUUCAUGACUUCUCUGCUGCAAUAGAAACUUUCAUUCGGCCCGCGAUGCGCUAAGGCAGGCAGCCCAGCAAUAAUAGACCAAAAAAGUGUUAUUCGGCUUUUUUGCCCGAAGUUGAGUAAUUAGCAAAGGUAAUCUGGCUACCCUCCUUUUAGCUUCCCCAUAGGAGUAACAAGCCGCGGUAAGUGGUACAGGGGGACGCCCCUGAUCGCUAGUCCUAGCCACUCGAUUAGGACAGUGCAGCAUGCCGUUACUGAACCAGUGAUGAUCCGGGAGGGAACGUACAACCCUUCUGGUGAGCUGACAACAUCAGGUCCCUGCCAGUCGCUAACGCCGCAAGGCAACCUCUGCGAACGGCUAGCCCACCCCGCGCAGCGCGCUCCCCUUUUUUCCGCGCAGCGCUCCCCCCCAAAUGAGCUAUAAAUAUCGAAAAUGCCACCUUUUUUGCCCGAAUCGAGUAUUUAACAGACGAAUUCUGGCUACCCGGUUUUCCGUUUGCUCUACUGGUCAGAAGCCGCGUUGGUGGUAUGGGGGGACGCCUCCUUUCGCCUAGCAUCGUAGCCUACUCACACCAGCAAGAUCAGGGUCGCUCCCUGUCCGCCUGGCAGUCCUCGGACACCUUCACGUUGGGCUAGGUCCACCGCGCGCACGGCCCCCGGGUUAUUUUGUCUUCCCCAAUCCUCCUCUCUUCCGUGUCAAGUCUGUGCUGGGCUGCCGACCACCUAGCCGUAGCGCUAACUACUAGGACAUGCAUAACAAAAUGCAUCACAGAUACUUACGGAGGUCGCGGAAAGGAUGUCCAUGGGUGUAGAGGACGUCAUCUCCAAGAAAAAUCUAGAUAGUGUGAGACUGGGCCACGCACAAGACCUAGAGGUCCAGCCCGCGCAUGUGAAGGACUUAAAUAUUUAUUACACAAAGUGUGGUAGCACGGCGCUCACGACAGAUGUCAAAGCGCCCGCCCUGCUAGCAAAUAUUGCAAGAGACUGCGAUUUCGCAACGCAGGAGGUACGCGACAGGCUGUUUGGCUUCUAUGACAGCGAUCAGCUCUGGCACCCGACAGGCCACUUCAGCAUGGGGAUUCCAGUUAGAGGGAUAAUAGAUAAGUACGGCCUCUGGGAAGGCGCAAAAAACCUGUCAGACGACGAAAUUCUUAGACUAAAUAACUGCCCAGUCACCCCCGAAGCUAGAGACCUGGCACGAAAAGAAUUCUCGACGGUAAGGCGGAAGCCAUACCCUUUCGAGACGCCAGAAUUGCUGGAAAAAGGGAUAGAAGAGAUCAAUAGGAAUAUUUUUGAUCCGUCGAAGCCAAUAGCGCCAGACAACAGUCCAGUGCUGUGGCCGACGAAGUCGCCAGAAGAAGUAGAAAAAGACCCGAAGGCCGUGAUAAUACCGGUCUUCACCCUAGGCCAAAAAUUCUGCCCGAUAGGGCAAUUUUACAAAAAAUAUCGCAUCAUAGCAAACGAAAAGCACAUCAAUAACAAAAUGUCCGCGAUACAGGAACACCUUAGCCUUAGCGACUUCCCGACAAUCGUCGAUGCAGUGCAGUCUGUGAUUGCCCCGGGGUGUGACAUCCCAGUGGUGUUUCUCAAGAACCACCUGUACACGCAAAUCCUAGAAAAUGCUGACACAGGAGCUUCUUGGGAAGACAUAGAUAGGAUCAAAGGAGGGUGGAAGCCACCGGAUAACUCCGAUGGCUUUGUCCCAUGCUUGUCGAAACUAGAUUUGUACCAAGCGUACUUUCAGCUAGCGAACAAUGAAAGUGAAAACUACUACAUCAGUGUAAUACGCCCAGAUGGGUCCGUAGAAGUAGUGCGGAAUACAGCGCUUACAUUUGGCAAUUUGCAUUCGGUAUUCCACUUUGUAGGCAGCUCGUCCGAGUUGUUACAAAAAGUCUUACGUUUUUACUUAAGAGCCCCCUUCUACGUGUACAUCGAUGAUAUUAUCAGCAUGAUGAUAGCCGUGCUUGCUGCGCACGCACUGUCGUGUGCCAAGCGGAUAGUGGCCGCACUAGGCUACGCGCAGAGCGACAGAAAAGAUGAGGUAGGUCGCAUAGGACAGACUGUAGAAGUGUUAGGCAUUAACUACCGCCCCGAGCAGGAGAGCGCACACUUUGACAUGCCCCCAGACAAAGUGGUGUCUGCGCUGGAAUUGAUAGAUGACUUCCUCAUCCUUGUAGCGUGUUGCGCUGUGACGUUAGUCAAAACACAGCGGCUACUAGGCACCCUGAUCCACCAUCUGUAUUUUCGCAAAUAUGCGGAUUGUGGCGCAGCGAUCUCCUUGAUGAACAGGCUCACGUGCCCGCGCGAGCAAGGGCGUAUGAACGCGCCCCAGCAAGGAGGCACACGAAAAGCAGCAUCGGUGCUGCUUCUGCAAACCAGAGAUGCUAUCGAGAAAAACGCCCCCUUUACACUAUCAGCAGCUAUGGUACAUGAGCAGUGCGCUGAACUGUAUACAGACGCCGCACAAGACGACGAUGGGAUAUGGCUCGGAGGCGUCAUACACAGAGACGACUCCGUGCCGUAUUACUUUCGACUGUCACACUCGAAGCUAGUAAAAAACUUCGAGCUGCCCACACGGCUAAAAAACCGGAAAAUAUACUUCUAUGAGCUUCUUGCAAUUUUCGUAGGCCAAGUUCUGUUCGAGCAGAUGCUCAAGAACACAGUAGGAAUAUCGCAUGUAGAUAAUAUAGGGGCAGCCUUCGCAGUCGUGAAAGGAAUCGCCCACGACGUACCGGGGGCAGUGAUGGCAUCCCUGAUAACGCGCCGCAGGCGCGAUGAUAAUAACAAAGCUAUCACGCACUACGUGCGCAGCAAGCUAAAUCAUUCAGACGCAGUCACACGAGAUAGACAGCGCGACUUUGAGCUGUUCCUGUCGAAGACAGGAGCAGUGCAUGUUGAUGAAAUUCUCCCGGACUGGGCACAAAAACUAGGUGAAGCCCUGCAGUUUGUGUCGUCAGAAAUCGAGAAAUUUGAAAAAAUUGUGAGCAGUUUGUGAAAAGAUAUUCCCUCACCUCAGGUGCAGCGAAGGCCAAAAGCACAAGCAAAAGAGCCCAGGCGCCCGAACUCUCGUGCAGCGAACCUGUUCAGAGACCCAAAAGUAAAGCUACGAAUCGAUGAAGAACUUCGUGUGUGGCCAGCUGAGCUUUCGUACGGCUAUGACUACGCAAGAAAUAGAUCGUGCAGAUGGGCAGCGUUCGUAAGCUGGUUUAACGUGAACUACACGAAGAAAAUUAGAAUACCAAAAUAUAAUGAGCCGCUGGCUACGCUCCAGUGCCCGGAAAUGACGUUCAUGUCAGAACUAUACGCGUAUGGUAAGCACCUGAUAGACGUAGAGCAAGGGAAUUCGUACCAUCUACACAUCAGCACAAUCGCACAAAGGCUAAAGCAGAUCAAUAAGCUAGAAUCCAGGUCCCCGCUCGCCCACGAAAAUCAGUGGACAUGCUACGCCAGCCUGAAUAGACUCAAAGCCCAAGCAGACCCACAAAAAGCCACCCCCGUCUCUAGGACGCAGAUGCAGGGCCUUCGAGCAUCAGAUCUGAUACUAGUAAAAUUUUGGAUCGCGACAGCAUUUCGCAUUAGUAGUUUUGCACCAGUAUCAAGCGAGUGCAUCUAUGACAUAGGAGAUCAGGAUGGAGUUAAGUGGGCAGAGAUAUNUCGCGACAGCAUUUCGCAUUAGUAGUUUUGCACCAGUAUCAAGCGAGUGCAUCUAUGACAUAGGAGAUCAGGAUGGAGUUAAGUGGGCAGAGAUAUCAGGCGGACGGACCGCCGCCGGAUUUUUCCGCUAAAACGCGGCUGAAAAGAUGCUAAAAGAAAAAAAAGCGGCCCCGGGGCCGCGCGCGAGGCGGCGAAGCUUUUCCGGGCUGGUGCCGGCUCGAAGGGGGCUGCGGCCCCGCCGGUCCGGAGGCGCGCCCCUACCCCGGCCUUUGCUUCCCGGCGGGCCCCCUCGUCGCGCGAGGCCCCUCGGCUUCCCUUUGGCGGCGUUUUGGCGGCCCCUUCUCUUCCCCGCGUUGCAUUUGGCCGGCGCGGCGGCCCGGCUCCCUUGGCGCCCCACAUUCUUUCACCGGGGGGUUUGUUUUGGCAGACCGGCCGGGGGGCCCCCGGAGGUCCGCGGGCCGGACCCGGAAGCCGGGAAAAACCCGGGGAAGCCGACCCGGUAAAACCCCAGAAAUGGCCAAAAAAGGAACGCGCUAAAAUUUUUAGCAGACCCCAAAAACCGACGAAAAUUGGCAGGGGGGGUACGAAAACCCUCAGGAAUGAUUAGGAAAAAUUUUAGCACGAAAUUAGCAGAGAAUUAGCAGACAUAUUAGCAGACUUUUUAGCAUGUUUUCAGCACCAAAACCGGACCCCAAACUUUACAAAUUAGCAGAGGUUUAGCAGACUUUUAGCAUAUUAUUAGCAUACUAUUAGCAUAUAAUUAGCAUGAUCCUCGCGGACCGGCAGCCCGGUGAGAAUCCAAAGAAUGCGCCAGCAGGGGAUCCCGGAAAGCGGGGGGGCGUUUUUGGGGGGUUCGUCCGGUUCUCCUCGGAAAGUUUUUUUGUCCGGCUCCGGGCAAAGGACACUGGCGGCGAUUCCAGCUGCGAGCAGAAGCCUGCCAUCAAUGCAUUCGCCGCGCCCCUUCCUUCGCCGGGGCCCCGGGCCUUCGUAUUGUGCCGCCCCCGCAAUCGCGGCCCUCCGGAUUUCGCAUGGUGCGGAUUUUUUUUAGCACUAUAACAGCACCAAAUUACGAAAAAAGGCCGGCGGCGAUCGUCGCCCUGAGAGAUAUUUACAGAUCAUGUAAAAUUCAACCCACUACCAGGCGAACUGUUUUCUGUCUUAGUCCCGCACCGAUGCGUAACAGUCCCAAGUAGCUGCUCCACAGAUGCACGGCAAGCGUACUACAAUGAGUUAGUACAGGGCAAGUUGAAAAGCACGCCGCACUGCUGUCGCAGGACAGCAGCACUAGCACUCAGGCUGCAACUAGCAUCCUUGAACCUAGGUGGUGUGUAUGCAAUACCCGAGUUCAAUAUGAACAGGAUAGCGGACCACUUUGGGUGGACCCGCAAGACAGCAAGAAGAAACUUCCUGCGCUACACUAAAGAUUACAAGAUGCAUGUUAAAAGUGAAUUUUUCUUCCCGAAAGAGACCACAAACUGGAUUCUUGAGGGCCUGUUUGUAGUAGACUCAGACUGGCUCGGCUUUGAUGCGGCAACCGCCAUGCACUACCAAGCCGCAGCAGGAAAAGACAUUGCACUUGUGUACAAUGCAGAACAACAGAUGCUACAGGUGCAGCGUCAGCUAGUGUUUCUCAAUCAAUUUCAGUAAAGUAAAAAUCCCAUGCCUGGCCAGAAGGCCCACUGUGCGCACCAUCGUGCGCUCUCUCAAGGGUGUUCAUCCCAGACCUGUGAAGCACUAUUGGCAAGCUAGAUCUUGGAUGCCCACUGGGUCGUACUGUAGACAUGAUCACUACCAGUUAGUUUCAUGUAGUAGUGCUCAUUUCGUACUGUGAAGAUCUAUCGUGAUCGUGCUACGCAGUUCUGGCCCAAUGCUGUUGGGAUGUUGGUCGCGUUGUGCGUGCCCGCAACGCUCCAGUUGCAUCCUCGAAUGAGAUUUGGUCUGUGUGAAUAUCGGAUCCUCUCACUGUUUGUCCACGCUGAGAUGUAUAAUAAUUCUGCUUUACCCACCACCACGGCCACAAGCUCCUAGUGUGAUUCAGAACAAAUCUUGCGAAAAAAAUUAUUGAUACAUCGUAUGAAGUUACCCAGAAAAAAACAAGAUCUGUUUCUGUGUACUGAAUCACACCGCGGCGCUGGUGUUAUAAUCGUAUCGUAAAAAUAAAGAAGAAUUAUCCUGCUGAACUCACCCCGAAAAUCUUGAACUUGAAAUUUUUUUGCCCAGUCUUGGUCCAUAACGCAUUCCUGUUAUUGACUCCACAAUUUUCAUCUUCACGUCCAGCUUUUUGGAACGAAGAACAAACGGUUCCUGAUCAACGUCGAACAAAAAGCCUUGCACGACACCAUAUCCACCAUUGCAGCGAAGAACCUUCACAAAUCUAAAGAACUGAAAAAACCCUUUAGAUUUCGUGUGUCAGCAACCACAGCAAGCUUUGUCAAAACUACACUUUUUGAUAAAGCCAUUUUCGACGUCCAAGAAGCAUAAUUCAACUUGCAAGAAUAUUUUAUCGAUAAUUUCAGAUCUGUGAAACAUCUGAAAUUUCAAAAUGGCGGACGCAACGGCUGAUCAGGAGAAGUACACAGAGGUUCUGAACGAGCUGAUUCCCUACAUUUCCGAGUUUGUGGACGGAAAUGGGGGGUUGGCUUCGCUUUCCCUUUUGUCCCAGGACCCGCACGUCAAGUCCCUGCAGGCGAUGAUCCCGGCGCGGUACGACAAGAAGCUGACGAAGAUUUUGGAGCAGUACAAGGACUUUUUCCAGUGCCUGGAGGGCGGGCGCGUGGCCACCUACAAGGCCUACGAAUCGGGGUUGAUCGACGAGGAGGGCCGGGUGAAAAACGUGUCUGCGAAAGCGAAGACCAAGAUGAAGCAGGUGGUCACCAUUCUGCCGGUGGGCGAGGAGGCCCCCCCGGCGGAGGCCGCGGCCCCGGCCUUUUCGCCGCCGGAACCCGCGGCCGCUCCGGAAGCGUCGCUCAGUGGCAACGAGGGCGGCGCACCCACGGGCGGCCCCGUGGAACACGCGUUUGACCCCACGGACGACAACUUGACGGAUGAGAUGGUAUUAUUGAACCAUGCACGAAUAUCCUAGCAAGCGGGUUUCGCAAUUUCAAUAUGGGCAUUGUGUGAGAAGUCUACGUGAGCUGCGUGCCCAACGCUGUAUGCAAAACAUGAUUUUUUUAAUUGUCUUCCUCGUUGUCCUUGGUGAGAAGAAAGGGGUUGUUAAAACAGAAAUGGAUGUCCUGUUCUACUUCCAAAAAAAAACCAAAACAGGGCCAUGAAGUGACACUAAUGGAUUUGAUGGACCAGCUGGGCGCGGCUGUUUUUUUGGAGGACGGGUCCCAGUUUGUUCAGCUCAUUCAGAAGAUGCGCCGAAUCCGCAAGGAGACAUUUGGUAUUUCUAUUUUUUUGAAACUGAUGAUAAAACAUAAAAUUCUUCGGGUUUUUGCUUCGUUCUCCUGAUGCAUUUGCAUAUGCAUGACGGGAAGUCGAUAUUCAUGAAGCAGUAUGAGAAAUGAAAAGGUUGAUUUGGAUCUCCACCAGGUUUCGACGAUGACUCCGUGUUCGCCCGCGUGUUUGGUCCCACCCGGCCCAACGCGAACCGCAUGGUGGUCACGGGUGGCAGCGCCGUCCCCGGUCAGGUGAACUCCCUGAAACGCCAGGCGCAGGCCUACGACCCAAAUGGCCCGCGCAUGACCGUGCCUUCCAGCGUGGAGCUCGCGGCCCCGCGCAACCCGGCCGAACGGAACGAGCGACUGACUUUGGUGACGCGAGAGAUGGUGAACCGCUUGCGCGAGGCACCGGGAAAGAUGCUCACGGUGAUUGAGCUCACACAAAUCCCGAAGAUCCAGUUGUUGAAGAAAGGUAUUAGUUGUAUGCCAGAGUUAGAGCUGCAGAAGUACGUUCAUUCUCCACAUUUUCAGUGUUUAUUCCGUCGCGCUUUGAUGAUGAUGCAAUUAGGUACGUCACAUCUGCUUUGCAUGAUAAGGUAUUAAAAUUCGUUUACAACUAGUGUAGUACGUCUAGUGCACUUUCUUGAUGAAGCGCAGCCGGGAGGACCACUUCAUCUCCACGACUCUGUCAGGUAUCAUUUCGAAAUUCACGCUGUUCCUGAACCAGAACCAGGAUAAGUUCCAACUCGCGAGAAACCCGGAGGGCGAGAACAAAUCGGAUGUGGUCACGUUGAUUAUGGACGAGGUUGCGGUGGACGAACUGCUGACGGGCACGUUUGACCUGGACAACCAGUACACGGAUAUGUUCCCGGAACUCUCACUCGCCGGGCCGAACGCGCCGGGCACCGGGCUGGCGAAGAAGUUCCAGAAGAAGGGUACUGGAAAAAAGGGCGGAAAGGGCUACGGCUACGGUGGGUAUUACUAG